AAAAUCGAGAUUUUGUUAUCCACUGGGAGCUGUUGGCGCUACGGAGGUGCAACAAGCGGACUCGACAGAGAAGCUCAAUCACAAUCUGCGGUUUCAUUCGUAGCCAGCACACUCGUGUUGUGUUCCGUUAAAGUCGAUGAGGAGUUUUGCGAUCUUGAACCACCAGGCCUGACACACGACCUGGAAUCUGACGAAGCCGAGCACCACGCUAGCAGAGAUUAGGCGGGAGGAGAAGCCCAAAGAGCGCUGCGACUCGUGUGUCGUGCUCGAUAGCUAGCGUUGACGUCGUCGGGGUUAAAGCAUUGCGCGUUGUGCAUCAAAGCUGGCGAAAUCUUCGUCAACUUUUGUGGAGGGUUAUAAUUGUUGGGCCUGCAAUUGUGGAUCUGCCGACACUCACAUUCGAUUCUGGGUGUCCUUGGAUGUUGUGCAGGUUCUGGGUGCGAAGCCCGUGACUGGAAUCUACUGCUGUCGUCUGGUCGAUGUCAAUGCGUAACUACCGCCAGCAACAUGAAGAAAGUCCUUGGUUCAGGUGAAGGGAGGAACAACAGGUUGAAAGGAUGAUGCUAUGGACAAUAUUAGUUUGUUAAAUCAGGAGCUGGCGCCGGGAGCCACGGUGCAGAGGCGAUGGCGUACUAGGAGCCUUGACAUGGGUCACGGUAGUAGCUGUAAACAGGGACUGGAAUCCUCAGAUGGGAGUUUGUGGCAGAAUCCGGUGAAGGAAACUGCGAUUGAUGUGGACCCUUGCAAUGUAGCUUCCCGAUACAAGUCGUCGACGCUGCCAAAUCUCUCCGAGACGCAGAUGUACUCGCAGUCGGAAUCGGAUUUGAGCAAGGACAACUCGGCUAUGAGCUCCAUGCGGCGAUUCUCAGCGGUUGAUUCAGACUCAUCGAACUCCUCACAUCGGGACUUACCCCCAUUCUUGACACGACUUCCUUCAAAUGGAGAUCACCAUUACAUUGCCCAUGCUGCGUCGGAGAAUCCUGCAUUGUCGUCUGUAUCUGGCGGAGGGCUCAGUGCAGCAGUUGGUGGUAGAUGCGCUUCGAGGGGCCGUGGCGAAGAUACGGGCAGUCUUCGUCAUCGCAGAAUUACAAGCUCCCAUUCUAGCCAGCUGCAUUCAUUUCGAGAUGAGGAACUUGUCACAAAAAGCUCGGCAGUUCCCUGCAGUCAUUACAACAGGGCAAAGUCGAGAUUCUCCGAGCCGAGGAAGUCAGUAGCUGAGAAGGGGGCUGGGGAUGGAAGCAUUCGGAAGUCAGGGGUUUUGAGGUCUGGCCAGCUCGGGUCCCAACAGUUGAAUUCGGGGAACUUGUGGUCCGGACAAUUGCGGUCGCAGAAGCUGAAGUCGGGAAUGCUGCCCGGUCUCGGCCGGGUGAGGGAAGAAGAAGACGACCCUUUCAAGGAUGUAGACUUGCCUGAUCGCCCUAAGUUUCAAAAAAAGAGGUCAUGGGUGUGGUUUCUCGAAGUGAUUGCAUUCUUCAUUCUGCUUGCCGGCGUGAUAUGUAGCAGAGUGCUUUCGCAAGCAAGAAACCUGACCCUGUGGGGGCUUCUCCUCUGGAAAUGGAUUCUCUUGGCACUCGUGGUUGUUUGCGGUCGCUUGGUUUCGGGAUGGGUGACGCGCGCUUUGGUCUGCCUCCUCGAGAUUAACUUCUUAGCGCGAAGGCGAGUGCUCUACUUCGUCUAUGCAUUGCGGCAUGGCGUAAGGAAUUGCAUUUGGUUAGCGUCAGUGCUAAUGGCAUGGAAUUUCAUGUUUGACUCAAAAGCGCAGGCAUCCAGCAAGAAGCUCGUCUAUGUAACCAAGGUAUUGCAAUGUUUCUUGCUUGCUGCUGUCCUCUUCAUCAUCAAAGUAUUCCUUGUCAAGGUGCUUGCCUCCUCCUUCCACGUCGGAAUAUACUUCGAGCGCAUACGCGACUCGUUGUUCAACCAGCACAUCUUGGAAGUUCUCUCCGGCCCCCCUGUGGUCGAACUUGAGAGAAUGCGAGACGACGACGAGAAGCUGAUGGAGGAAGUGGCAAUGCUGAAAGAGGCGGGCGCAAUGGCCCCAGGUUUAACAGGGUUGCCUGGUAUAAGCGAGGGCAGCGAGACGUCCAGAGGGGAAAUAACCUUCAGGCAAUCCAGAACUGGCGUUCGUGUAGAGGUUGAACCCGGCUCCGGUAUCACCGUCCAACAUCUGCACAAGCUGAACCGACAGAAUGUGUCAGCUUUUAAUAUGAAGCGCCUUAUCAAUAUGGUGCGGAGUAAAGGAGUGUCCACCUUUGGCCAGGGGCUUGAUGAGAAUGCGCAGGAGGAUGGCGAAAUGGACACAGAGAUCAGGAGCGAGUGGCAGGCAAUAGCUGUUGCCAAGGAGAUUUUUGCCAACGUUGCGAGACCUGACACUUCAUAUAUCACCGAAGAUGAUCUAAUGCGGUUCAUGCAAGAAGAAGACGCUAUACGUGCACUUGCGGUGUUUGAAGGCGCAAUGGAGACGGGUAUGAUCACAAAAAUUGCUCUCAAGGCCUGGGUGGUGAACGUCUACCAAGAGAGGCGCGCUCUUGCAUUGUCGCUGAGUGACACCAAGACAGCUGUGAACAAGCUUCACCGCAUGAUUGACUGUCUUCUAUUUGUGAUUGUGGUAGUUAUCUGGCUUAUUAUCCUGGACGUUGCUACUAGACAGCUUUUGAUAUUCGUUUCGUCUCAGUUGCUCUUGGUGGUCUUCAUAUUCGGCAACACGCUGAAAACUGUCUUCGAGGCCAUCGUCUUCGUCUUCGUCUACCACCCAUUCGAUGUCGGCGACCGCUGCGUCAUUGACGGAACCAUGUAUGUGGUAGAGGAGAUGAACAUCUUGACGACUGUAUUUCUGGGAGAUUUCGGUGCCAAGGUCUGGUACCCCAACUCCGUCCUUGCCAUCAAACCCAUAACAAAUUACUACCGAAGUCCAGAUAUGACUGAUAUGUUUGAAUUCUACAUUGCGGCAACUACCCCGGCCGAAAGAAUUGGGCGUCUGAAGGAGGCCAUUGGCAGGUAUAUCUCAAGCCAGUCUCUACACUGGAAAGAGACUUUCACGCUCAAUUGUAUGGAUUGCUCACCUGAGACUAGAAGGUUGAAGCUAGUUCUGGGGUUGACGCACACAAUGAACUAUCAGAACUUUGGAGAGAAGACGUCUCGACGCUCUGAGCUAAUGCUUGAAAUGAAGAGGCUAUUCGAGGAUCUUCAAGUUGAUUAUCAUCUUCCUCCUCAGGAAGUGCAACUUAAGUCUGUUGAUGGUUCUUCGAUCAACCUCAGCAGGCAACUCUAAACAGUUCAAGAAGGCACGAGGGUGAUGCGUCGAUGAUGCAUUAAAUUUGGGUCCCUGUGAGUGCUUUCUUUAGGUGAAUGUUAGGCGCAUUCUUUGGAUAAGGAAAGGUCAACUUAUUGGCUAACAAAUGGAUAUUUACACGGAGGUCCUCAGGAGGGGUCCACAUUGUAGACCCAGAGCUUCUGAUGCGUACUACAGAUUGUUAGGCGCGUAUUCUAGUUUUAGGACUUCCUUCUGUUAAAGCUGCAAAAUCCUCAAACAACAGGGGAUAUUUAUACAGAUCAGUGUAUGCAGGCUGAUAGGUGACAUGUGCAGGUUGGUAAAUUGCCACCCAGUGUCAUCAGUUUCUACCUGUUCCACUGCGGCAUGGCUGAUUGUAGCCAGAUUUUUCGGAAAGAAGAGAAAUAAGACAUACCGAUAUGGACUUCAAGCUUCAAGUGGGUCCUACGAACAAUGGAUGUCAGGGACUCGAAAUCUCUUCCUAAAGAGCACUGCCAAACCUUCUCUAGCAGUUAUGGUUUAUGUGCAGAUUGGAUGCUUACACUAAUAAAAAUUAUCUCUUAAAUGA